CGCGCCCGCCACCAACUUUCCCUCCAGAUCCGAGAGGGGCGGCGCGCUCCGCCCCCGGGCCGCGCACGUCGGUGCUCGGCGGCGCGCACGCCUGCGGGAGCCCUCUCCAGGCAACCUAGUGCUGAUUGCUCGUGCCGGUGCGGCUGUUAACCGCCCUUGCGGGAGCCCUAGGCUCAAAAGCAGCCCCUUACCCUUCCAGGGCUUCCCCCAACCCCUUUCCCGGUCUGCCCUGGGGCAUGAGCAGCGAUGGCCGGCUGCAUCCCUGAGGAGAAAACUUACCGGCGCUUCCUGGAGCUAUUCCUGGGCGAGUUUCGCGGACCGUGCGGCGGCGGCGAGCCGGAGCCGGAACCCGAACCCGAACCCGAACCCGAACCCGAACCCGAACCGGAACCCGAGUCCGAGCCCGAGCCCGAGCCCGAACCUGAACUGGUAGAAGCUGAGGCGGCCGAGGCUUCGGUAGAGGAGCCCGGGGAGGAGGCGGCCACGGUAGCCGCGACGGAGGAGGGGGACCAGGAGCAAGACCCGGAUCCCGAGGAGGAGCCGGUGGAAGAGGAGGAGGUGGCGGCGGUUGAGGGUGAGGAGGUGGAGGAGGCGGCGGCGACCGCGGCGGCAGCCCCGCGGCACUCGGCCGUGCCGCCGCCGCAGCCCCAGCUGCCGCCUUUGCCCCCGCUCCUGCGACCGCUGUCAGAGCGCAUCACCCGCGAGGAGGUGGAGGGCGAAAGCCUGGACCUGUGCCUGCAGCAGCUCUACAAAUAUAAUUGCCCUUCCUUUUUGGCUGCUGCUUUAGCCAGAGCCACAUCAGAUGAAGUCCUUCAGAGUGAUCUUUCUGCACAUUAUAUCCCAAAGGAAACGGAUGGCACAGAAGGGACUGUGGAGAUUGAGACAGUGAAAUUGGCCCGUUCUGUCUUCAGCAAACUGCACGAGAUUUGCUGCAGCUGGGUGAAAGACUUCCCCCUCCGCAGGAGACCCCAGCUUUAUUAUGAGACAUCAAUCCAUGCCAUCAAAAACAUGCGCAGGAAAAUGGAGGACAAACAUGUCUGCAUUCCUGACUUUAAUAUGCUCUUCAACCUAGAGGACCAGGAAGAACAAGCUUACUUUGCAGUGUUUGAUGGCCAUGGGGGAGUAGAUGCUGCUAUUUAUGCCUCCAUUCACCUCCACGUUAACUUAGUCCGCCAGGAGAUGUUCCCCCAUGAUCCUGCUGAGGCCCUGUGCAGGGCCUUCCGGGUCACUGAUGAGCGGUUUGUGCAGAAAGCAGCCAGGGAGAGCUUAAGAUGUGGGACCACAGGAGUGGUGACUUUCAUCAGAGGCAACAUGCUACAUGUGGCCUGGGUGGGUGAUUCCCAGGUUAUGCUUGUGAGAAAGGGCCAAGCUGUUGAACUAAUGAAGCCACACAAACCAGACAGAGAGGAUGAAAAGCAGAGAAUUGAGGCCCUUGGAGGUUGCGUAGUCUGGUUUGGUGCCUGGAGGGUGAAUGGAAGUCUGUCGGUCUCCAGAGCUAUUGGAGAUGCUGAACAUAAGCCAUAUAUCUGUGGGGAUGCAGAUUCUGCCUCCACUAUUCUGGAUGGGACCGAAGACUACCUCAUUCUGGCCUGUGAUGGCUUCUAUGACACCGUGAACCCUGAUGAGGCAGUGAAAGUUGUGUCCGACCACCUGAAAGAGAAUAACGGAGACAGCAGCAUGGUUGCCCACAAAUUAGUGGCAUCAGCUCGUGAUGCUGGGUCAAGUGAUAACAUCACGGUUAUUGUGGUAUUCCUGAGGGACAUGAACAAAGCUGUAAAUGUUAGUGAGGAAUCAGAUUGGACAGAGAACUCUUUUCAAGGAGGGCAAGAAGAUGGUGGGGAUGAUAAGGAGAAUCAUGGAGAGUGCAAACGCCCUUGGCCUCAGCACCAGUGCUCAGCACCAGCCGACCUAGGCUAUGAUGGGCGUGUGGAUUCAUUCACUGAUAGAACUAGCCUGAGCCCAGGGUCCCAAAUCAACGUGCUGGAAGACCCAGGCUACCUAGAUCUCACACAAAUAGAAGCAAGCAAACCUCACAGUGCCCAGUUUUUGCUACCAGUUGAGAUGUUUGGUCCAGGUGCACCAAAGAAAGCAAAUCUUAUUAAUGAGUUAAUGAUGGAGAAAAAAUCAGUUCAGUCAUCAUUGCCUGAAUGGAGUGGUGCUGGAGAGUUUCCCACUGCUUUCAAUUUGGGUUCAACAGGGGAGCAGAUAUACAUAAUGGAGAGCUUGUCUCCUGUCUGUUCAGGGUUGGAAAAUGAACAGUUCAAAUCCCCGGGAAACAGAGUUUCUAGAUUGUCUCAUUUGCGCCACCACUACUCAAAGAAGUGGCACAGAUUCAGGUUUAAUCCAAAGUUUUAUUCAUUUCUCUCUGCUCAAGAGCCUUCCCACAAAACAGGCACUAGCCUGUCCUCACUUACUGGAAGUGGGAAGAGAAAUAGGAUAAGAAGUUCUCUGCCAUGGAGGCAAAAUAGUUGGAAAGGGUACAGUGAAAACAUGAGGAAGCUCAGAAAGACUCAUGAUAUUCCAUGCCCAGAUCUUCCUUGGAGCUAUAAAAUAGAAUAAUUUUUCUUUCAAGUAGGUUAGCUAGCUCUCCCCCAAUAAAAAUACCACUAUCAGAGUAGAAACAAGGUAGACAUUUCUAAAACAUAUGUGCUUCAUUAUGAAUCCAUGGAUGGCUCAAUUCUUAAAUGUAAAUAGAUCUCUAGGAAACUCAAAGUACAGUGUUUUCAAUCUAAAAAGAAGUAUUGGCAGUUUCACUUGCAAAAUUA